CCCCCCGCCUUCCCACCAAUCACGAGAAAGCCCUCAGAGAGCACCGCCCCCUUGAGGGCAUCUGUCCGGCGGCUGGGCCCGGCCGGGUAAAGGGUCAGCGGCCUCUCGCUUCUUUUUGUCGUCUCCUUCUGGCCGGCGAGGAGGAUGGCGGCCGGCCUGGACUCCGUGGAGCGCUGCCUGGAACGGCACCUGCCCUCCGCCGAGCUCGGAGAAGUGAAGCGGAUCCUCUACGGGGAGGCCGUUAGGCCACUUGAUCUGUCUUCUGUCGCUGCGUCAGCCGCUGCGGAAAGAAGCUUUGAACUACAAGGUUACGGGUUUGAAGCUGAACCAGAACAGCUGAGGCCGCCACGUGUUGUCCGAGUGGGACUGAUUCAGAAUAAGAUUGUGCUUCCCACCGAUGCACCAGUUGCUGAACAGGUAGCCGCGCUACACAAGCACAUAGAAGAGAUUGUGGACGUGGCAGCCAUGUGUGGGGUCAACAUCGUCUGCUUCCAAGAGGCGUGGACCAUGCCUUUUGCUUUCUGUACGAGAGAGAGGCUUCCUUGGACUGAAUUUGCGGAGUCGGCAGAAGAUGGCCCCACGACAAUGUUUUGCCAGCAGCUGGCCAGGAAGCACAAUAUGGUGGUUGUCUCUCCAAUCUUGGAAAGAGACGAUGCGCACGGAGGGACCCUGUGGAACACGGCAGUGGUGAUUUCCAACUCUGGUGCGGUCCUUGGGAAAAGCCGGAAGAAUCACAUCCCAAGGGUGGGAGACUUCAAUGAAUCGACAUAUUACAUGGAAGGGGACAGAGGGCAUCCCGUGUUCCAAACCCCGUUUGGGAAGAUCGCUGUGAACAUUUGCUUUGGGCGCCAUCAUCCACUCAACUGGCUCAUGUACAGCUUGAACGGAGCGGAGGUCAUUUUCAACCCUUCUGCCACGAUUGGGACCCUCAGUGAAUGCAUGUGGCCCAUCGAAGCAAGAAACGCAGCUAUUGCCAGCCACUGCUUCACCUGUGCCAUCAAUCGAGUGGGAACGGAGGUGUAUCCAAAUCCUUUCACAUCCGGAGAUGGUGGGGAUGCCCACCAUGACUUGGGAUAUUUUUAUGGUUCAAGUUAUGUGGCUGCCCCGGACGGGAGUCGAACCCCUGGACUCUCCCGUACCCAGGAUGGGCUUUUGGUAGCCCAGAUGGAUCUGAACCUCUGCAGGCAGGUUGCUGACAAGUGGAACUUCAAGAUGACGGGGCGAUACGAGAUGUAUGCCAAGGAACUAGCUGCAGCCGUCCAGCCUAACUUUGUGCCUAAUGUGAUCAAAGAAUAACUUUGCUCUGCUGUCCAGUGGCCCUGGGGCAGGGACACCCCCUCCUCAGUCUAGUCCAGUGUUCUUCACUUUUUUCAGGUAGGGGGGCCAUUUUGGUUUUAAAAAAACAGACACCCUUUUACUAGGAGAGCCAUUUCCCACGGUGCCGACCUUUGCAGGGUACUACUGUGCUUUUCUCUCAGUGCUGGAAGAGCCCUCUUUUCCGAGCUCUAGGACAGCACUCCGUGCACACCUUCCAAGAUAGUGCAAGGGCUCAAAUGGGCUCUGUCUCCCUUCGAGGAGUGCCUGGCACUGGGCACAGCACUGUAUGGUGCUGGGGGGCUGGCGCAGAGAAUUCAGCUUUGCAGAAGCUUCGCACAAGCCCAAAAAACCAUUAGGGAGCAGUACUUAGGGUGGACGGGGCCUUCUGGUGAAGAACAUGGUUAACACAGGAAGAGAAAGGCUGUGAACAUAAACCAAUUCAAUAAAUAAAGCUCUUAUAAAAGAAAACGA